GUCGCUUGCUGGGAAGUGAAUGGAGUGGGUGGGGGGGUAGGUCCACUUGCAGACAAAGAGACGGCAGCCUCGGCUGUUGCAGACACGGAGGAGGACACGGAGACACGGACAGCGGGGACAGAGACACGGCCGAGCGGAGCGUCAGUCGCGUGUUGUCCGUCUCUGCGUCCACGCUGCGUUUACAUGAUGCCAACUAUGCCGGUGGGACGUCAUUAAGUCAGAAUGAUCAACAACAAUUAAUCGUCUGCCAAAGACGCGGUAAUGAUAUACUCGGGUCACUAGGCAGAUGCGCGUCAUGAAACUGCAUUGAAAAAGCACCAGGGGAGGCAGCUAUCACAUCUGCCUCACUGAGGGGGGCGUGGCUUGAGCCCACGUAAUUGACGCCCACUCUCCCUCCACGUUAGCUAGCUGUAGCAAAAAAAAUUCCAGCGGCUGCAAAAAUGGAAAACGUUAUAUCUAACCUUAAAAAGUUCUCAAAGUUGGACUUUCAAUCACAACUGGCAGUGAUAAACAAUGGAAGACCAAUGCCUGAGCUUGAGGACCUACUUCAAACGAAGGGACAGAAAAUAACACGGUCGUUUCAAAUGGAGUGGUACCAACGAAAAGACUGGCUGUGUGGCUGUGCUACGAAGAAUCGCCUUUACUGCUUCCCCUGCCUUCUGUUCUCCACUACCGACAACGUUUGGACUAACGCGGGAUUCUGUGACUUGAAGAAUCUACCAAGGAGCCUCAACAAACAUGAAAAAUCGACAACUCACAUUCAAAGCCAAAUUGCUUUAAAAACUUUUGGAGCUUCAAGGAUAAAUCUGGCCUUGAUUGAACAGCGGAGAUUAAAUAUCAGCAUCCACAAUGCUAAGGUAAAGGAAAACCGUGAGGUUUUAAAAGACCUUAUUAAUGCGACCUGCUUCCUAGCCAAACAGGAAUUAGCAUUUUGUGGUAACGAUGAGAGUGCAAGCUCUUCUAACCGUGGCAACUUUGUGGAGCUAUUACAUGCUUUUGCUGAGAAAGAUGAAAAGUUAGCAAGACAUUUGGAGACAUCCACUGUGUUUUCUGGCUUAUCAAACAGAAUACAGAACGAUUUAAUCGAAGCAGUCGGUGAUGUAAUUAGAAAUGAUAUCAAAGCGGAGAUUCAUGCAGCCCCAUUUGUUGCAGUCGAAGUAGACGAGACAACGGAUGUCACAAACAAAGCCCAGGUCUCUGUGAUUUUGCGUUAUGUGGCUAAAAGUGAGGUGACUUGUGAGGUGAGGGAGGCGUUCUUGGGAUUUGAUGAUGUCAGUGAUGACAGACAAGCACCGGCUAUUGCUGAUUAUGUUUUGGGAGUGUUGAGGAAAUACAAUUGCGUUGAAAAGCUGGUAGCUCAGACUUACGACGGAGCCUCUGUAAUGGCAUCAGAUCUUAAUGGGGUGCAGGCCAAGAUUAAAGAAAAGGUACCUGAAGCCAGGUUUACCCAUUGUUAUGCACACAAAUUGAACCUGGUGCUCUCGCAUUCAGCAAAAUGUAUGCCUGAGUGUAAAACGUUUUUUAAAACAGUUGAGGGACUUGCGAUGUUUUUCAAAAAGUCCACCAAGCUUGCCCACCUACUGGACGAUGUUGUGAAGCGACGUUCACCAAGAGCAGCGCCCACAAGAUGGAGCUCAAAUUCUAGACUAGUUCAGACGAUCAGCAUGUACCAAUCUGAUCUGAGUGCUGUGUUCCGGCUUAUGAGCGAACAUCCCGAUGGUUGGGACACUAACACCCUGAUGAUGGCCGCCGGAUAUGAUCUCUGGCUGUCAAAAGCAUCAACCUGCUUCUUCAUAAUGGCAUAUGAGGGCAUUUUCAAUGAAACCGAUGCACUCUGUCGUGUGCUGCAGAAUAAAGUAAUGGACAUAGGAUUCUGCUGUGCACGAAUCCGCGGCACAAUGGGAGUUGUGGAACGCCAGAGACAAGAGUUUGACAGUUUCUAUGAUCGAUUCGAGCAGAAAUGCAUCACACUUGGCCUGACAGACAAUGCCCAAAGUAAACAGCCGAUCAGAGAUGAGAGGAAAAUAAUGUUUUAUAACAUUCUGGACAAUGUCAGUGUUCAAAUGAAAGCUAGGUUUGAUAAUUUCAGUGAGCUAACUUUCCUUGGUUUGGUUGAUUGCACGAAAUUUUAUGAAAUGUCACAACAUUUCGAUGACACCAAACUGCAGAGCCUAUCAAAAUAUGCAAGGUACUUUGACUUUGUUCGAUUAAAGGCUGAUCUUAUCGGAUUGUAUAGUUCACAAAUGGUGAGGAACGAAUGCAAAUCACCCGGACAGCUCCUCAGCUUUUUGGCCCAGAAUGAUCUGAUGCAGACGGUUCCCGAGGCGACAAAGUUACUCCAGCUGGUGCUCACUAUACCAGCUACAACAGCGUCCGUUGAAAGGUCGUUCUCUGCUUUGAAACGACUCAAAACAUACAGUCGGAAUCGGACUGACCAAGGACAACUUUCAUCCCUGCCAAUCAUCUCUAUUGAGAUGGAGAGACUUUUAAAACUAAAAGAAAAUAAAGAGGACUUCUACAACAAAGUCACUGACAUAUUUGUCCAGAAGGAAAGGCGAAUGGACUUUGUGAAUAAACAAGUAAAGAUGUCUUCUUAUAUGGAAUGUCGGGUCAUCAAACAAGAAAACGAAGAGACUGCAAGCUCUGGGAUGUGUCCUGACUUCACUGUUAAAUACGAAGAUGCUGCUGCUCUAGAUCUGAAUAUCGUUAAGGUUGAAGAAGGCAGCGAUUAUUCAGAGGGGACAGCGGAUUUCAACGAUGGACGCCCGGCGACUCCACAGCUGAACUUGACCACCAAGGUGGAGGUGUGGGCGGAUGACGUAAAAGAAUUCAUCCAGGUGGAGUUGUUGGAGGACACUGGUCAAGGUCUAGAGUCAACGACGGUUCAAGUUGAAGACACCAGUGAGAGGCCAGAGGAGAUGGGGAAUUCCUGCGGACGUGCCUACACGUCGGACCAGAAUUUCAUUGAGGUGGAGCUGUCGGAGGAGGACAUUGCUGAAGACGAAGCAAAGGAAAUGGAACUCCUGUGCGAGGAAUGCGCGAAGGGAGGAGGAUGCGUCGACGCGAUGAAAGACAAAGCGGAACGUGCCAGCAAGACCUCGCGAUCCUGCAGGCAGUGCGGGAAGUCACUCGGAGGCACCACCCUGCUCGUGGCGGUCACCGCCGAUGGGAGAAAGCACACGUGCGACGAGUGUGGGAAGGCAUUUGCAACGCGGUACACCUUAAAAAAACAUUCCAGGAUACACACCGGAGAGUGGCCACACGCGUGCAUCGAGUGUGGGAAGGGGUUCGCAACCCGCUUUGACUUGGAGAAACACGCUAAAGUACACACCGGUGAGAAGCCGCACUUGUGCAAGGAGUGCGGCAAGGGCUUUGCGCAUCGCUACAAUUUGGAAACGCACUCCAUAUCACACACCGGCGAGUGGCCGCACGUGUGCAAGGAGUGCGGGAAGGGCUUUAGGCAGCGCUCCGACUUGGAGACGCACACGAGGACGCACACCGGUGAGAAGCCGUACGUGUGCAAGGAGUGCGGCAAGGGCUUUGCAAGACGCGCCCACUUAGAGGCGCACUUCAUCUCGCACACGGGCAAGUGGCGGCACGUGUGCAAGGAGUGCGGCAAGGGCUUCGCACAGCGGUCCGAUUUGGACAGGCACACGAGAACGCACACGGGCGAGUGGCCCUUUGUGUGCAAGGAGUGCGGCAAGGGAUUUGCACAAUGUUCAGACUUGGAGAGGCACACGAGGACACACACGGGCGAGAAGCCGCACGUUUGCAAGGAGUGCGGCAAGGAGUUUUCACGGAUCUACACCCUAAAGAGACAUUCGGUAACGCACGCCCAAGAAUGAAACUUUGAAUUUAAUUUUUGUUGGCGUUGAAAGCAAUGGUGAUUGCUUUUUUAUACGUUGCUCCUGCGCCAUCAUAUACUCUUAAAUAACGUAUGUUUAUUAUUAUUAUUAUUAUGCGUCUUUACCCUGGAGAGCCUCACUGAGUCUCAAUAUUUUUGAGGGAUGGUCUUGCCGUUUUUUUCAUAACAGGGAGUGAUUUUUCUCAUCCUGAUUGAGUACAUUUGCAAGUCAUUUGUUUUGCAUCUGGAUAUUUAUCCAAUAGCUGUUACGCUUAUAUAAUUUUCUAGCUAUGGGGAGGAAAUGUUGUAACACAAAGGAAUCCUAUGCGGAACAGUAAAACAAAAUACAAACUCCACCACAGAAAUGUGGGCAAGCCAGGGAAUUGAACCUCGGGACAUGAGGCACAAUCACUACCACUGCACCAAACCUGUGUAAUGACAGUCGAGCCUACAUGUGGUGUGAGUGGACUAGUGGCCGUGGGAGGUAAUGACAGGAGUGUCAGCUGUGAGUGCGAAGGGAUUGGUGGCUACGGGAAUGAUCGAUAAGGGAGUGCGGUCAGGUGACGAAAGAGGACGGUAAAAUCUGCUGGUGGAGCAAGUGUCCAGAGUCAGCGAGAAGGUUCGGGAAGGGGGGUUUAGCCUUGGUCCGUAUAUAUGGAGAUGCGCGGGAGACUGGGCUGUUGCAGUGGGAUUUCCGCCUUUCCAAGUGAACGUGUCUUCAAUAAAGAACCAUCUCAAGAAAA